AUGGCUAGCCGGAAUCUCACUCGACCAAACACAAUCGCUCCGGGCCACGCCGAGCUCGGGACGCCUGUCAAGAGGGCGAGGUAUGAACAAGGACAAAGCGUGGAAUACCGUUCUGUAGGAGACCCAGAGUCAAACAUGCAGCAGAGCACCGGAAUUAUUACAGCCAUCCUCACUGAGCCAGGCCAGCAGUCCGGUAUCAGCGUGAAUGCGAGCGAGGCCGAUCAGAGAUACGAAGGGGCACAGCCAAUAAGAAACCAGGAAGCGGCCCCGCCAACCCCGCUGGGUCAACCUCGUCGCCGCGAGCCCCGAAGCUCCAAGCACGAGGCGCGAGGCUCUGUAACUAUGUCUGCCGUACACCCGCCUGACCGCCGCCCCGUCAUCCUCUCCGGGCCUUCCGGCGUCGGCAAAGGCACGCUGUUUCGAAAGCUGUCGGACGCCCACCCAGACAUAUUCGCCCUGUCUGUCUCGCAUACCACGCGGAAGCCUCGCCCGGAAGAGGUCGAGGGCCAGGACUACUUCUUCAUCUCGCCUGCCGAGUUCCCCGCCCUUGUCUCCCAGGGCGCCUUCUUGGAAUACGCCCUGUUCAACGGGCACUACUACGGCACAAGCAAGGAGGCCAUUGCCACGCAGACGGCAAAGGGACGCGUUGUGGUGCUUGACAUAGAAAUGCAGGGCGUGCAGCAGAUCAAGGAGAGCCGGAAGCUGGACGCGCGCUAUGUCUUCAUCAAGCCCCCCAGCCUCCACUCCCUUGAGACCCGACUGCGAAACCGCGGGACCGAGAACGAUGUUAAUAUUCGCGAGCGGGUGACCCAGGCCCGGGUCGAGAUUGAGUACGCCGAGACUGAAGCUGGGGUAUACGAUAAGAUUAUUAUCAAUGAUGACUUGGACACGGCGUAUAAAGAGCUAGAGGAGUUUAUAUAUGGACCAGCUUUGUAG